UCCAUUUCUUAUGCGAAUGAGUCUGCAUGUAUCGUCCAUUCAAUUAGAUAAAUAUUGUAAUGGAAUUUCCAUGCAUUUUCACCCCAGUUGUUUUUAGAGAGUUCAUUCACUGCUUAAUAAAUAGUAACCGAAUUCAAUUCUUAUACCAGAAGCUGCAACCAUUUGCAGUUCAAUGACCUGUCCCCAACCAUGCAUUUUCGUGAUAAAAAACUUUUCCAGUUUUCUUGGGCAAAUCUGAGUCUGCAUCUCAAUUUCUCGACAGUCGGUGACCCGAAUAUUUUUUGGGAGCUACAUAAUUAUUCGAAAUAGCAUAAAAAUUGAAGUUUCGAGUUAUCCCCUGGCCCCCGCAGCUUUCACCAAUCAGGAAAAUACAUUUGCUAAAAGUUUAGUCAAGAUCGGACUUUUUUGCUGGAUUUUGGACACGGAUCGACUUGGUGGAAAGUCUAAGAAUUAACGAUGCAACAAGAAGGUCUCAAUACGGACGUGAUGAGUAGUCGAAAAAGCAGGUGCUUGUCUCCGACACCCACGGUACUCGCAAAGCAAAAAAAUCCCCAAAAAGUUGUGUACCGCAAGUAUCAACAACCUACACUGCGCGCAGUAUAUUUCAAAAAUGGUGAAAUAGUGGAUGAAGCUGCAGAUGUCGUAUUUUUAUGUGGAGAUGGAGGUCGGGUCAAAGGUCACAAAGUCAUAUUGGCGACGCAAUAUGAAUUAUUGGCGACGGUGUUUAACGAUCAGCCCGUUGGAGAAAUUAGUAUGAUUUCCGUUCCCGAUAUUACCUCCGAUACGAUGAAGCUCAUCCUUUUUUUGGCGUACAAAAGUUAUGUUCUCAUCAACUCAAAUCAGUUUGAAAAAAUGAAGGACUUUUUCAAAAUGUUUCGAGCCGAUUUUGGAAAUCUUAUUGUCGAAAGGAAUGGAAUUUUGAAGAAGGGCAUGCAGCCGAGACCGGUGACUGAAGAUAUUGUGCGAAACUGCGCUGGUGCUGAAGGAGGAAAUAAUUUGGUAAUAAAUUCAUCUAUUGGACAUCUGGACGUGCGUGAAGAUCCUGCUGAUCAGGUUAUGGAUCCAGAAGAAAGGGACGAAUCAUUCUCAUCGGAUUCUGAUGAUGGGCGAUCUGGUAAACUUCCAGAACAUAAUCCUAACUCCACUCAAAACCAUGAAGGUCAAUAUUUGGAAUCAAUUCCUAUCCCCAUAGUGGAAACGGAAAUGGCUGAUGGCCUAGAUGAUGAUUUGUCAGAAAUUGGAAGCCUCGUUUUGAAAGAAUGGAUGGAUAAGGUUGGAAACCCUGCACCAGAUUCAGAACCUUCGACCACUUCAUCUCGACUACCGCCACCACAAGCAAGACCUGCACUAGUACAAUUGAAAAAAACUAACGCUACGGGUGUCAAAGUGGAUAAACUGGCACUGUCCGGUAGAAGUCUCUCGAUCAUCAACGUUGCAGGCUCAAACUCUAGAAACGUGGAAAAGGACGGGCGAAUCAACUGUCCCCUUUGCCCACAGCGAUACUUUUCAAACAGAGAUUGGACCACUCAUGUCGCUCAACACCACCCCAAUUACAAAGCUUUAUUUUCCCACAUUGGAAACGAAGAGGAUAAGGUGAUUUGUGCCACUUGCCACCAGAAGUUUUCACUCCCUGAGGAUUUCCACAUUCAUCUGAACAACAACGACCAAGGUUGGGAGUGCCUUAUUUCUCCCGUAGAUGAAGAAUCAAACCCUUCUCUUGCUGGCAGCAGAAGCAUAUCACGCUACUCAUUGUUCUCGAUGUCAGGGAUUGGUUACCCAAGACAUAAGAAAGCUGCUAAAAAACGGGCUCCUGCUGCUAAAUCGACUAACCUACAGUCUACCCAUUCACGACCUGACCAAGUGAAAGUUCCAGGAAAAGCAAAAUCUAGGAAGAAAUCUAAAAUCCUAAUUCCCACAGGGGUAGGUUCUUCCCCAAUUGACCAGAUGCACUACACUCGGAAGGAGCUGAAGACGUUAUCGGUACUCAGGAAAGAGUUGAGAUGUUCCGUUUGCUUCAAGGUGGGUAAACGUGUAUCCACAUGUCUUAAGCGCCACGGAAUAUGGAGAUGUCCGCUUUGUUUCAAUACGUACUCUCAAGAGGAAAAUCUUGAAGAACAUAUAAAGAAGUGCCACUACACGAGCGGAGGACGAGUAAAAUGCGUCUUCUGUCAGGACAAGGCAUUUGCUAAUGUUGCAAGUUGUGUCGGACAUCAACGCCGUUGUCACUGGGACAAAGUUCUGCAUCCAAAAGUAGAUGAAAGCGAGCAGUGCGGAAGCUUUAAUAAUUAUGAUUGAUUAUGUAAUAAUUACAUACCAACAAGAUUAAUUGCCUGAAAUGGUUACGAUUUAUGAUGUUGUUUAACUAAUUAUUUCUGUAUUUAAUUUUAUACAAUUAUUUUGAAAAUGUGCCAUUAACAAGCUGUGAUUAUUGGCUAUUCUAUUUUAUUUUGUGUAUUAUACAAAUUUCUAAUAAUUGGAAUAUGUUCUGCGUAAAUAUUUGUUUAUGUGUAAAAUUUUAAAAUGCAAUAAUAAUUGUUGGUGUUUGGAAUAUUAUCAUAAAAAUCAAGCUUAUUAACCGAUUUGUGAUUACGAUUUGCCAUGUUAUCUUGAAUUUCAUGCUAUUUCAUGAAUUUUAGCAACUUUUGUAUAUAUUACUUUUGUACUUUUAAACAUAUGUAUAACUUGUGAAUGUUAUAUUGUGCAGAUGCUAUUUACCAGAUAACUCAUAGAAAGUAUUUAACUCUUGCUACGUAAUAAUAAAUAAAUAACUCACCCGGGUUUCCUGGAACGCCACUCAAUCCCAUUGGUCCAAAUGGUCCCCUGUGCCCACUACUUCCUUUCUCGCCCUUUCAAAUAAAUUUACACGUAAAAUAGGAUACCUACUUUCAUUAACUAAUGUGAUUAAUAUCAGUCAAUAUUCAAUUUUUUCAGAUCACAGAGUUGCAAAUUGUAACAACUUUAAGUAUGUUAUUUAAAAAAUUAGAUAUUAAUUGAAAAGUUACCUUAAUCCCAACUUCUCCUUUGGGUCCUCGUAAGAAAGUGAUUUCUAAUCAUAAAUAGUAGAUAAAUAUAAAUGACUUUGUAAUGAAAAAUAGACAGUAAGUAGCUUAUCUUCACAUUCUGGAGACAAAGUAAAUAAAAUUUUAAUUGGGUGGACUUUUUCUUACCCGGUGGGACGACAGAGCUACCAGGACCAGGCGGCCCUGGAUCACCGGUAUCUCCCCAGUCACCCUUGAUAAUUAGACAAAUUAAUUAAUUAAUACAAGAUAUUUUACAUAAAUAUUGAGCCAUCAGCAACAUUGACCCUGAUGGAUUUCCGUUGUAAAGCUCAUGUUUUCCUUCAAACUCGAGGAAUAAACCCAUAAAUUUUAAAUUGGAAAACUUUAACAUUUUUCUAAAUUCAAGAAUAUUCCAAUUUGUAAAGCUUAAAAAUGUGUAAAGAAAUGAGAUCUGCAGUAGUUUGACAUCAUUUUUAGUAUUUUAAUAUGGGAAACAAAAGCAUAUGUACAAAUUUGAUCCGGUUAAAAUAAAUAUGGUUUACUUUGUGCGUGAUAUUUCUACUA